AUGAAGAACGUCUACUGGGUCGUCUCUACCCUCAUGGCCGUCGCCGCCGUCAGCGCCGCCAAGCACGACAAACUCGUCAGUCGCCACGACUGUCCCGAGCACGGUCACUGGAACAAAUGGACCAAGAGCUGUGUUUGCGACGACGGAUACACUUGGUGCCAAGACCGCAGUGCCUGCAUUGAAAGAGUCUAUCGAUCCAUCACCGAUCUGAUCACGCGUGUCCUGUUUCUCGUUCGCAAUUGCAUCUCGAAUCUUGCAGUCACCACCACUACCACAACCGCUGCCACCACCACCACCACGGAGCCCUGCUCCGCUGACGAGACAACUGCGCCGUCCAUCAACCCCAUCUACACGAUCAACACGCUUGCAUCGGCCACCGGGAACGGCUUCAUCUGGCAAGAGCCUGUCAUCACUACCACUGCUGCAGCCCCCGCUACCAGCACUCCGGCCAGCGCCGCCACAAGCGCUGCUGUUGCUACCACCACCGCUGCCAACGCAGCCAGUGCUAGUGCCGCCGUUACCACUUCGUCUGCGGCUAGCGCCACCACCGCCGCUGCUAACAAUCAAGCCGUCUUCAACACCGAGAGCGAGGUUGCCACUGCCCAGACACUUGUCACCCUUGCCGGUCGUGCUGCUCACAUGCCCCCCGCAACUCUUGCCGGUCCUCCGACUGCUCCUCCUCCUUCUCCCAACGGAUCCGCUUCUUCUUCCGCUUCAAAACCUUCCACUACUCCUCCUCCUCCUCCCAAAACUUCCGCCCCUCCUCCAUCUUCUGGCGCUCCACAGAAAGCAAGCCCCAAACGCACCGGCAAGCCCCACGCCCGCCGUGCCCAGCGUCUUCGAAACCACUUCUAG